AUUCAGUGCCUGGCUCACUCUCCCUACGCUCAGCACGCGCUGGUCCUCGCCUCCUCACUGCAUCUGUCCUCCUCUUCUCCCUGAAGUGAGGUACCAUGCAUCCUGCUUUCUCCUCCUUCUCCUCUCCGCUUGUCUCUUACCAUUCCAGGGUCCCUUUAUCAAACAGGGCAUUUUUGCUGCAAAGCCGGGGACCAUAAAAGCUGUGUUACUCGUCCGAGGACUUUGGAGACGGGACAAGGCUGUUUGCCGGGUCUUGAGGACAGCUGCUGGAAACGCUGCUGCUGCUUUCUGUUGGGAUGCGGAUCUUUGCGGGGCCUCUGCUUGCUGUGUAACAACGCUUGAUUCCUCUCAAAGUUGCAGGAGGGCACACGUCAAUCAAGAAUCUCAUCCUUGUUUCAACUCACUGUGUGUGGAGUCAGACCGGCACAGGAUCCCCGUCUCAGCUCCUCACACACUGACCAGGACUGCACUGCUGCUAUGUCUGAUCUUGACAUAGGCAUCAGCUUGAGAUUCUUCUCCUAAAAGAAACAGAUCCUAUGCUCCCAUCAUUCCUGCCUGUGAUUUCCAUAUGAGAUUUAGCAGCACAAGGCAGAACUGGCCCGGAUCACUGACUUUCUACUUCACAUAAGAUCAAAAUCUACAAACAAAAAAGGACUGUUAAGUGCUUUAAGGACACAAACAAGCCUUUGUUUGUCUCGGAGCAGCUCUAGUGGCCUUUGCCAACAGCCAUGCAGGUGUCCUUUGCAUGUACGGACCACGGGCUGAAGGCCCCGCGUAACGGCGAGCACAGCAAGCAGAAUGCCACCAGCCCCAACACAGCCAGCCAGGCUCGCGCCCGCUUCCGCACUGUGGCCCUGAUAGCUCGCAGCCUGGGCUCCUUCACCCACCGCUACCACCACAACCUCAAGGAAUCCACCGCCAAGCUCACCGGCAUGAAGUACCGGAACCUGGGGAAAUCUGGGUUGCGUGUCUCCUGUCUGGGGCUGGGCACGUGGGUAACAUUUGGAGGUCAGAUCUCUGAUGAGGUGGCAGAGCAGCUGAUGACUAUCGCCUACGAGAGUGGGGUCAACCUGUUCGACACGGCUGAAGUCUACUCUGGGGGGAAAGCAGAGAUAAUCCUCGGAAACAUCAUCAAGAAAAAAUGCUGGAGGAGAUCCAGCUUGGUGAUCACCACAAAGCUCUAUUGGGGAGGAAAAGCAGAGACAGAGAGAGGCCUCAACAGAAAGCACAUCAUUGAAGGUUUGAAGGGCUCCCUCCAGAGGAUGCAACUUGAGUAUGUUGAUGUGGUUUUUGCCAACCGGCCGGAUAGCAACACUCCCAUGGAGGAAAUAGUGAGAGCAAUGACACAUGUGAUCAACCAGGGGAUGUCCAUGUACUGGGGGACAUCCCGGUGGUCUGCCAUGGAGAUCAUGGAAGCAUACUCUGUGGCCAGGCAGUUCAACCUGAUUCCACCAGUGUGUGAGCAGGCAGAGUAUCACUUCUUCCAGAGGGAGAAAGUGGAAACUCAGCUGCCAGAGCUCUACCAUAAGAUAGGUGUGGGUGUGGUAUCUUGGUCCCCUCUGGCCUGUGGAAUCAUCACUGGGAAGUACGAGAACGGCGUCCCAGAAUCCUCCAGGGCCUCAAUGAAGCCAUACCAGUGGUUAAGGGAGAAAGUAAUGAGUGAGGAUGGGAGAAAACAACAAGCCAAGCUAAAGGACCUGGCUCAUAUCGCAGAGAAGCUCGGAUGUACUUUGCCGCAGCUAGCCAUAGCUUGGUGCCUGAGGAAUGAGGGAGUGAGCUCAGUGCUGCUGGGAUCCUCCAAUCCAACCCAGCUAACAGAGAACCUGGGAGCCAUUCAGGUAAUUCCAAAGAUGACAGCAGGCAUUGCCACAGAAGUGGAUCAUAUACUGGGAAAUCGUCCUCACAAUAAAAAGGACUACCACCAUUAGGAUGGACCCUGUUUUAGUGAACUAUGCUCAAAAAAAGCUUAUCAAAGCUCACUUCUCACAGCCAUGGCACCAUAAGUGCGUGCCCAACUCUGCUUGUGUGCGCGUAUGACUGUAUGUGUGACUGUGUAAAGUGUUCUGCUUGGCUCCCUGUCUGUAUGAAGAUCAACCAGUACUCAUUGUUGUAAAGUGAGCUACUUGAUAAAAAAACAUGCAUGUUACAGCUAUAGCAGCCGGCCACUGGACGGAACAACAGUUAGAGGAUCCAGCAAGAUGAUUUCUGGAGCAAAGUCAAGCUGCUGAGCCACAAAUUUAAAGAAGCAUCACAUUACAUUAUGGUGACAUAGAUUACUGCACGAUCAAGCUCAAGCUCAAGCUCAAGCUGAUUGACCACUAGCAUGUGCUGCUUACAAUUAUGAUUAAGGGUGUCAUUGCAUCAAGAAAAGAAAACCUGAGAAACAAAUUAUCACAUAAGCUCACGGAAGUGCAAUAAAUACAUGAAAAAAGAUUAGGUGUAUCAAAAUGCACCAAAUGUUACAGACCUUACUAAUUGUUUGUGAUGUGAAAAAAAAAAUCAAUGAUGAUGUGUUAUUGGGCCUGUUCAGCAGACUGGAUGAUAUGCUUACAUUUCCCAUUGCAGCAGGAGCUGGCCUGUCAAUGUGAUAAAUUAUUUCAGUACUGGAUUAACUAAAAUUCUUCUCACAAUGUUGCCGCUAAUACCAAGAGAGCUAAGUUAAACUAAAAAAAUAUUUUUUAAAAACAUCUGUACUGACUGUUAUAUAUACAGUAUUUUCCUUAUUAAGCAGCUAUGUCAGAAUGAGCUUCUCAUGUCCUCAUGUUGUAUUUUUUUUUCUUUUUGACUUAUGCAAAAGUACAGCAUAAUGUACUUCCCUAUUGUGCCCCCUUUUAACCUAUUUUAAUUUGGACUAUGCCAGACGUUCUGUCAGUAACGAUAAUGUCUGAUUGAUUUCAUUUUAGUCUGUGUUGUGGCUAAAACUUCUGUCUAGUCGAAGUUGGGGAGAUGAUCCUCCUGAGGGGGAGCUUGUGAAUUUAACAAACAAAGCCAUGUAGCUAAUGAAGAGACUCAGUUAAAAAUAAAUAAUAAAUAAAUAAAACCAUAUGGACCCCUGCCAUCAUUGCACCUGGAACUCUUACCCAACUUCUCUCAGAUGCCAGUUUUACAUAAUAGGAUGACCUUUGUUAUGUUCUGUUUGUUCAAAUGUGUAUUUUGGUGUCCAUCAGAUUUGUACAUACAAAUAAAGACCUUAGUUUUCAUGUUAUACGUUUUAGAAAGACUAUAGUAAUUUUUUUAUUAAUGUAAUGGAUGCCUUCUAAUUUUCGCCCCUUAUGGAUUGAAAUAACAAAGCUAGAGCAGACUUCUUGUUUGCUGAGUACAUUGUAAACCGCAGUAAAAACCUGUGACUUGAAACACUCUGCUGUAGUUAAUGCUGUUUGCUGUUGGGGUUUGUCUGUGUCUUCCUGUUUUAUAAUAAAAUAAUGUGAGAAU